AUGGAGGCUGCAGCAGAUAUGAAAACAUCUGUGACACUGAUGAUCAUCCUGGGAGCCAUCUCAGGUUUAAGCCACGGAGAAGGUUUGCUACCAGACAGUCUUAUUGCAGCUGUUGGAGGGACUGUGAUGUUCACCACAACAGUGACUCCACCAGAAACACCAUUCAUGGUAGUAACCUGGAGUUUUUCUGAUAUCACUGGUACAUCUAAUUUAAUAACCUCGACUAGUGUAAACAUAAUUGGACCAGCGUAUACAGACAGAGUCACCCUCUUCAGAUCUACUGCAUCUCUGGAGCUCAGGAAUUUGGCUCUUAAUGACACUGGAGAAUACAAAGUCACUGUUAUACCAAAUGGGGGAGCACAACAGAAAGGAAACUGCAGACUGGUCAUACAUGUGCCAGUCUCUAAUGUGACUGUAAAUGCCAGCAGCACAGACUUAGUGGAGUUCAGCAGCUCUGUCCAUCUGUCCUGCUCCUCCUCUGGAUCCUCCCUCUCUUUCCUUUGGCUGAACGGCAGCUCUGAGGUUACAGCCAGCGACAGAGUUCAGCUCACUGAUGGAGGCUCCACUCUCACUAUAGUUAAUGUGACCCGCUAUGACCAGGGACCAUUCAGGUGUCAUGUGUUCAAUCCUGUCAGUAAUGGCACCAGUGAUCCAGUAAACCUAACCAUCAGCUAUGGCCCAGAAAAUAUUCAUUUGACAUCUCCGUCACAAGAAUACUUUGUGGAAGGAUCAAACAUCUGCCUGACCUGCUCAGCUGUCUCCAGACCUGCUGCCCAGUUUCAGUGGUUUCUGAAUGAAGACCUGCUGUCUGAUACUGGACCAGAGCUCAGACUGAUGAACAUUCAGACGGGUCACAGUGGUAACUACAGCUGUCGGGCCUUUAACUACAAAACUCAGAGAUAUCAAACAGCUCAGCGUUCAGAUGUAACUAUACUGACGCCAGUAUCCACUGUAAAGGUAAAUGCCAGUAGCACAGACCUUUUGGAGUUCAGCAGCGCUGUCCAUCUGUCCUGCUCCUCCUCUGGAUCCUCCCUCUCUUUCUUCUGGCUGAACGGCAGCUCUGAGGUUACAGCCAGCGACAGAGUUCAGCUCACUGAUGGAGGCUCCACUCUCACUAUAGUCAAUGUGACCCGCUAUGACCAGGGACCAUUCAGGUGUCUUGUGUUCAAUCCUGUCAGUAAUGGCACCAGUGAUCCAGUAAACCUGGUCAUCAUCUUUGGCCCAGAAAAUAUAAAUCUGACACUAUCUCCAUCACAAGAAUACUACGACGAAGGGUCAGACGUCAGCCUGAUCUGCUCAGCUGUCUCCAGACCUGCUGCCUUGUUUCAGUGGUUCCUGAAUGGAGACCAGCUCUCUGAAACUGGACCAGAACUCAGACUGAUGAACAUUCAGACGAGUCACAGCGGAAACUACCGCUGUUGGGCCUUUAAUAACAGAACUACAGCAAAUCAAACAUCUCAGUCUGCAGCAGUCUCUGUUCUAAAAUCGCCAGUAUCCAAUGUAGUAAUAACUCCCAACACCACAGAUUUGUCAGAGCUCGACAGCUCUGUCCAUCUGUCCUGCUCCUCCUCUGGAUCCUCCCUCUCUUUCCUUUGGCUGAACGGCAGCUCUGAGGUUACAGCCAGCGACAGAGUUCAGCUCACUGAUGGAGGCUCCACUCUCACUAUGGUGAAUGUGACCCGCUAUGACCAGGGACCAUUCAGGUGUCAUGUGUUCAAUAAUUUCAGUAAUUACACCAGCGAUCCAGUAAAACUCUCCAUCAGCUUGUUAGGCUGGUAG